ACCGUGUAAGUGUACAGGAAGUUGAAACGAAGCGCCAUUUGACUUGCUAUGGGAAUCUGCCACUCAGAUGGGACAGCAGAUGUCGUGUCCGAGGAGAGCUUUGAGGGCCUCAGAAGCAGCAGUGCGAUCGCCAGCAGGUUGAGGCAUGUCUUGGAUGCGGCCCAUCGGAUCCUGAAUGAAGAGACCCUGCCAGUGCUGGACACCGUGCGAGUGGUGCGGAAGAUUAUGCGCGUCUCCAAGGCCAUGCGCCUGGAGAACCCUGAGGUGAUCACAGAGGAGUGUCGAGCCGAUGGGUGCAAGCCAAUGACCGAUGUGCAGGAAGCGAGGCAGUUGGCCAGCUAUGUCUACCAUGCGCAGUUGGUCUACGAGGCUGAGACCGAUCAGAUCCGAGAACGACUGAUCGGAUGUGGCAUGAUGCUGAUCCAGCACAACAAGGAGAUCAACACAGGGCGAGUGGCCAAUUACUUGGCCAUUGACCCAAGGCGGAAGAUCGCCGUCUUGGCCAUCAAGGGCACCUCCACCAUCGAGGACGCCUUGACUGACAUCAUCGCAGAUACUGGUCCGCUGCACCUACUGAAUGCCGUGAAGACUGCAGGUUCGGCGCGCGGCUUCUCCAGCGUGGCUGGCUUCGCGCACGGUGGCUUCCGCUUGGCGGCCCAUGGAGUGCUUCACCAGGUGGAGCCAGUGAUCUGGCAUUUCCUUUGGCCCUUGCAGUAUCAGCUGAUUCUGACUGGUCAUAGCUUGGGUGCUGGGACGGCUUGCUGCCUGGCGAAGAUUCUUUACGACCGGAUCUACUAUGCUCAGCCCCAGCUCUUGCGGUGCUUCGCCUAUGCUACACCGCCCUGUCUGGACAAAGCCACUGCUCUCUCUAUGGUGCGCUACACCGUCUCGGUCGUCCACCACGACGAUCUGGUGACACGGGCGUCGUUGUACAACGCGAAGCUGAUGAGUAACAUUUGGAGAGAAGCUAAGCGCCUGAUGGAUGCGGAUGAGUUUGAGGACUGUGACAAGUAUGGCCUGGUUCAUCGAUAUCAACAUGAAAUCAAGGUCGAUCUCAAGGAUGAUCUUUACGUCGCAGGCAAAGUGAUGUAUGUCUACAAGCUGGGGUAUCCCAAAGGUCAAGACCCAAUCACCUACAAGGCUGUGACGAAGGACGGCACCAUGGCACGCUUGCGGUGCGCCUCCUUCUCUCGCUCAUCUUUGACGGACCAUCUGUGCAACCACUACAUUGCUUGCACUGGAGAGGUGGCGGCGCAGCUUAGUGGGACUUCCCCAGAGCACUUUAAGCCCUGGUUGGAGGAGACAUUCUCUGGCCAGCCAAUUGGGACAUCCGACUGCACGAAGUUUUGUGAGGACAUACGUUUCUCGUGUGCCAUUCAGCCGUCCAAGCCGGCCAUAGGCUGCCCUGUAACGCUCCCAACGUUGCUCAAGCCAACGACUGUGCGAUAGCCAAAAUGCUCGAAUCGUUGCGAAGGAUUGACGAAGAGGGCGUGGCUUUGGCGUGGAUGUUUCUCAACAGG